AUGCUGACUGCAGCACACAACCUGGCCAUGGAUGGGAAGAACCUUCUGGAUGCUGGGACCAGGCCAGGGCCCCUGGGACAGGAGGGCACCACCAAACCACUGUUACCAGAACCAGAGACUGGACAUGCCCCGCCAGACAAGCCCCUGCAUCUCACCGCCCCUACGGGCCAGGCCCGCCCCACAGCCCAGGCCGCCCCUACGGCCCAGGCCGCACCUACGGCCCAGGCCGCCCCUACGGCCCAGGCCCGCCCCACUGCAGAGCUAGACCGUUCAGAUGAUAAGGUGUACCAGGCGGUCAUGGACCUGGUCCAGGUGGUGGUGUGAAGCUGAAGAACGAUGUGAAACACAUACAGC